AUGACAGUUGUAACUUUACAUCUAGAUCCUAAAUAUGGAACAGAUAUGAAAGACAAGCAUAGAUUAGCCAUCAGUGAAUCAAGUGAACCAAGUGAUUCAAGUGAUUCUAAUGAUGCCAGCAAUUCUGAGAAAUAUAGCAAUCGAAGUGAAAAUGAAUCAACACUUGGUUUUAUGAAUUUGAAUGACAUUGAAGAAAUUUAUGUUAAUGAUAUUUGCUCUGAAUAA